AUGGAAACAACCAACAAAGACGAACCAGAAAUCUCCAAACUAGAUUUCAAUGACUCCGACAUCGAAUACAUCAGUUACGGCGGCGAACACCACCUCCCUCUCAUAAUGAACCUCGUCGACGAAGAACUCAGCGAACCAUACUCCAUCUUCACUUAUCGUUACUUCGUCUAUCUAUGGCCUCACCUUUCUUUCCUGGCGUUUCAUAAGGGUAGAUGUGUGGGUACGGUGGUUUGUAAAAUGGGGGAACAUCGUAAUACUUUUAGAGGAUACAUUGCUAUGCUUGUUGUUAUCAAACCCUACAGAGGAAGAGGCAUUGCUACUGAACUUGUUACUAGGUCUAUCAAGGUGAUGAUGGAAUCUGGUUGUGAUGAGGUUACAUUGGAAGCAGAGGUCACAAAUAAAGGAGCACUUGCGCUGUAUGGUCGCCUUGGCUUUAUCAGGGCUAAACGUCUCUUUCACUACUAUUUGAAUGGAGUCGAUGCUUUCCGUCUCAAACUUCUAUUUCCUCGUCCAGAGUUGCACACGCAAUACGGAAGUCACACGCAUAGUGAUCACAGGGAUUCACAAAUUCAUGAAUGA